UUUACUCUUCCAUUCACCCAAGCUCCUUCUUUCUAGCAAAUCCAGUUUGUUGGCGGAUAAAAAUAAAUCUGCAGAGUCUCCCGGAAGCUGCCCCAUCAGCCUCAUAGACAAGAAGCCUGGUUCUCCUGCACUGCUACAGAAAUGUCUUCCUCCUCCUCCUCCUCUGGCUCAUCGGGAUCAAAGUCUUUUUCGUUCUUAGCUGGUUUUCCUUAGAGAAAAGCUGGAGAUCGGAGUUCAGUCCAGAGAAGGUGACUUCUUGAGGGCAGGCUUGGAGGCGUGGCGCGCCAGUCCACUCCGCAGCCCGGGGAGAGCAGCGCCCCGGCUCUCUGCGCCGCGCGAGUCCGCCAGUAGCGCCGAGAAAUCCGUUACCAGGCGGCUGUGUCCCCAAGGGCCAUUCAGGGAGGAAGGGAACAGGGAAAACCGCUGUGUUGUUUCCCGGGCCCUGUGGGCUGGGUGGGCGGCGGGUCAGGUUACAGACAGGUGGGGCUGGCUGUUGGGUGAGCUGCGGGCUCCAGGGCAUCCCUGGCCAGGCGUGCCCCCGCAGCACCCGGCAGCUGGCACACGUCUGACGACCUCCUGGAGCAGGGCGAUCGCAGCGACACUGGAGGCUGUGCCGGUUGUCCUGGGCGCACCCGAACAAGGUCUUGGGAAGGGCAGCGCGCCCCCCAAUGGACAGCGAGAAGAUGUAGCCAAUGUUCACUAUGGUGGCUUCCUGGAAAGGUAUUUCCCAGCCUCAGAAUUUGGGGAUCGGGUGGUUAGGGGCGGCAGUGGUGGGAGUGGGAGAGGAUUGGGGGCUUCUUUCGAAGCUGCAUUUGCAUAAUAUGCUCCUGGCUUCUGUUUCUAUUGUGUGUUUAGUUGGGGUGAGGGGGCUUUCGGGGUGCAACGUCUUGGGAUGGAAGCUGCUUUGGCGGGGCAAGCCUCGUUUUUCUUAGAUUUUAUGAUACUAGUCAGAAAAAUAACGUGUUCUAAAGAUGCCGAAUUUAAAAUUUUAUUUUUACUGCUUAUGGGGGGUGUUGUAGCUGAUGGAUGGCUUAAGCCCCUAAGCCCCCUCCCCCAUUGUUAAUAAUCAGAGUCCCUGGAAGCCUCCCGCCGCCUCCCCUUCUGACCGCCCAGAUUUCUCCAAGCCCGGGGAAGGCUCCACGAGGUCCAGAGGAACUGAGCCAUUUUCUGGCUGGUCUGAGACAGAUCCACCGGGCGGGGGAGGGGGGCAACUUGUGGGAGGCCCCAACUCACCGGAGGGGUGCCCUGGGAGGCAAACCUGGGGUUUAUCUCGAAGAACUCACCUCGAGGUGUAGGUGAUGGGGGAAUGGGAAGGGGGUGGAUUAAAAUAUGUUCUGCUUUUUUUAAAAAAGAGGAGGGGGAAGAACAGACUUUAAAUUCUUUUGCAAACAUUCAUGCCUAAGGAAGGGCUGGAACAGGCAGCCUCGGCCGCCGGAACCGGUCGGACAGGUAGCGAGCUUGUUGACACCGUUAUGUUGCAGGGCGCAUGCUCACUCCCAAGUUUCCUGGUGCCUUUUCUAUUUCACCUUAUGAAACUUUUUCCCCGGCGUGGUCUCACCCGCGAUUUAAGGCAUAGGUGUCGCCGAGCCCGGAGGCUGGGAGUCGCCAGGCGUGCGGGGGAGAGGCCUGGGCCGCGUCGCGGAGGGGGGUGGAGGAAGAGGGCAGGCGAGGCGGGAAGGUGGGCUCUGGCCGCCGGGAGCCGGGGACCGAGACGCCGCCGUCGCCCCUAGCGGGGAGCAGCCGGGAGGAGGGGGCCGCAGCCGGGAGAGGGGACCCCACCAUGCCCAAAGUCUUCCUGGUGAAGAGGAGGAGCCUGGGGGUCUCGGUCCGCAGCUGGGAUGAGCUCCCGGAUGAGAAAAGGGCAGACACCUACAUCCCAGUGGGCCUGGGCAGCCUGCUCCACGACCCUCCCGAGGACUGCCGCAGCGACGGCGGCAGCAGCAGCGGCAGCGGCAGUAGCAGCGCGGGCGAGCCCGGAGGCGCCGAGAGCAGCUCGUCCCCGCACGCCCCAGAGCGCGAAACCCCCGAGCCAGGCGACGCCGAUGGCCCCGAAGGACACCUGGCGGCCAAGCAGCGCCCGGUUGCCAGGUCAAAAAUCAAGUUCACUACAGGCACGUGCAGCGACUCGGUGGUUCACAGCUGCGACCUGUGUGGCAAGGGCUUCCGCCUGCAGCGCAUGCUCAACCGUCACCUCAAGUGCCACAACCAGGUGAAGAGACACCUGUGCGCCUUCUGCGGCAAGGGCUUCAAUGACACCUUCGACCUGAAGAGGCACGUCCGCACGCACACAGGCAUUCGUCCCUACAAAUGCAAUGUCUGCAAUAAAGCCUUCACUCAGCGCUGCUCCCUGGAGUCCCACCUGAAGAAAAUCCAUGGGGUGCAGCAGCAGUAUGCCUAUAAGCAGCGGCGGGACAAGCUCUACGUCUGCGAGGAUUGCGGCUACACGGGCCCCACCCAGGAGGAACUGUACCUGCACGUGAACAGUGCCCACCCGGGCAGCUCGUUUCUCAAAAAGACAUCUAAAAAACUGGCGGCCCUUUUGCAGGGCAAGCUGACAUCCGUACACCAGGAGAAUACCAGCCUGAGUGAGGAGGAGGAGAGGAAGUGAGAAGGAAGGGAGGACAGACGUUCACACUGCCAUGUAUGUCUACGUGGAUUUUUGGUUUUCAGCAUCCCCCACCCCACUGGCUCUUCUUAAUUAGAAAUGUCCAGUUCACCUCUGUGUCCUUUUGGAACAUCAGCAGUCGGAUCCGUUCCAAGAUUGUCAGUUACCGUAGUGCCGUCAGGCCCUGUAACCCGUGUCCUGUCUGGUGCACUUGCUCACAUUCACCAAAGUUUGUUUUCCACGAUCCUGAUAGCCAAGAACACCAUGCGGGACUUUUUUUUUUCUUUUCCAAGGAUUUUCACACAUGGAGGGAGAGGUAUUUCUUAGAGCAAUCAUCAUUUUAUGGUGCCUUGAAAUAAAAAUACUUCUACUUGAAAUGCU